AUGUCCGAACAACAACAAGCGGCUGCUGGCCCUUCAACAACGAAUACAGACACUUCGGUGAAUGCGCCGCCGCCUCAGGCAGAGCCCAACUUCAAAGUCUAUAAACCUUCUGAUGUGUCAGCUGCCCCUCCUUCUGCACUACCAGACGAAUAUUUCACGCCUACCGCAGCAGAUUUGAAAGUUGCUCAGUCACAGCUGGCCGCGCGUACACAGGCGCUUACGAAUACACCGUUGAGACUAAAGGCUGUGAGAGAGGCAGAGGAGAAGGCAAAGCGGGAUCGAUGGCCGAACACAACGAUACGCAUACGUUUCACUGAUAGGACACAGCUGGAGAAGGUCUUCUCUUCGACAGACAAGAUCCGCUCUGUCUACGCCUUUGUGAGGGGGCUACUACGAGAAGACGUGAAGCCCAUAAAGUUUAUUCUCUAUCAGCCACCAAAGCGGGACCUCAAAGUUUCUGAUCUCAAGGUUCGCGACUUGACGCUAGCACAGCUACAGCUAGCACCAUCAUCUGUACUUCUCAUUCGGUUUGAAGACGACUCUCUAAAUGGGUCGCAUGUCCCCGCACCUUUGAUCACAAAUGUUCUUUCGCAAGCCGUCGACUUGCCUAGGCCCCCAGAAGUGCCGGAUACACUUCCGUCGAAAGAACCCACUUCCAAGAUACCAGCCCUUUCAAGCUCAUCGUCUGGUGAGAAGAAGGUGCCGAAGUGGUUGAAGCUAGGAAGUAAGUCACUUUGA